CUAGUAUAUAAUGCUUUUGUCUGGAGAUUGCCAUUAGAUUUUUCCAACCUUUCUCGUGAGGGGUAAAGGCAACCCCCUAACUUCACCACCACUCGAUCCAGUUGCCUUCUAUAAUCACUUUGAUCGCUUCUCUGGAUUGGAUUCCCAUCCAUCAAAGUAAUUUAGUUGACUUUUCAGUAGAAUAGACAUCAUCUUUGAUCUUCUUCAGCAUUUGCUUCAAUUAAGCUUGCAAGGACUUUUGACUCAUUCAUCAGCAUCUGGGUUCUUCUUAGAAGCUGAGUUGAGGUCACUGCAAUGGCGUCUGCUUGUGUGACCUUGAAAGCCAACACCACCCAUCUAGCAAACUCAGAAAAAGGUUUCCUUUUUGGUCAAGACAAUGGCUUUUUAGGGGAAAGAGUUAAAGGUGCCUGGGGGAUGAAUCAGUUGGGUAAAUGUUUGACAGCUCAGAAGAGGGUUAAAUCUGGGGCUGUAUCUGCUGUUCUUACUUCAAAUGAUGCCAAAGAAGCCCUGACUUUGCAAGUGCCUUCAUUCCUGAGACGAAAAGCUGAUCCAAAAAAUGUUAUUUCUAUCAUAUUGGGAGGAGGACCUGGGACACACCUCUUUCCUCUUACCAAACGAUCUGCUACACCUGCGGUCCCAGUUGGUGGGUGCUACAGGCUUAUAGACAUCCCAAUGAGCAACUGCAUCAACAGUAGCCUCAACAAGAUAUUUGUGCUAACCCAGUUCAACUCUGCAUCCCUCAACCGUCACAUCUCCCGCACCUAUUUCGGAAAUGGCGUCAACUUUGGGGAUGGAUUUGUAGAGGUUCUGGCUGCUACUCAAACACCAGGAGAGGCGGGAAAGAAGUGGUUCCAAGGAACUGCAGAUGCUGUGAGGCAAUUUACAUGGGUAUUUGAGGAUGCCAAAAACAGAAAUGUCGAAAAUGUAUUGAUCUUGGCUGGCGAUCAUCUAUACCGAAUGGAUUACAUGGACCUUGUUCAGAGUCACGUUGAUAGAAAUGCCGAUAUUACAGUUUCAUGUGCUGCUGUGGGUAACAGCCGUGCAUCGGAUUAUGGGUUGGUCAAGGUUGAUGGCAGAGGCAGUAUCAUCCAAUUUUCAGAAAAACCAAAGGGUGCUGAUCUGAAAGCAAUGCAAGCAGAUACUUCUCUUCUUGGGUUGUCACUCCAUGAUGCUUUGGAAUCACCAUAUAUUGCAUCAAUGGGGGUUUAUGUAUUCAAGACAGAUGUUUUACUUAAGCUUCUGAAAUGGAGAUAUCCUACAUCGAAUGACUUUGGAUCUGAAAUCAUUCCUUCAGCUGUAAAGGAAUACGAUGUCCAAUCAUAUAUUUUCAGAGAUUAUUGGGAAGACAUUGGCACAAUAAAAUCCUUUUAUGAUGCUAACCUUGCUCUUACAGAAGAGAGUCCAAAGUUCAAAUUCUAUGAUCCGAAGACACCCAUUUUCACAUCUCCAGGAUUCCUUCCUCCUACAAAGAUUGAUAAAUGUCGGGUUGUCGAUGCCAUUAUCUCCCAUGGAUGUUUCCUGCGAGAAUGCACUGUCCAACACUCCAUUGUAGGUGAACGCUCACGUUUAGAUUAUGGUGUUGAUCUUCAGGACACCAUAAUGAUGGGAGCAGAUUAUUACCAAACUGAAUCUGAAAUUGCUUCUCUGCUGGCAGAGGGGAAGGUCCCUAUUGGGAUCGGACGAAAUACCAAAAUCAGGAACUGUAUUAUAGACAAGAAUGCAAAGAUUGGGAAAGAUGUCAUCAUCACCAACAAAGAUGGCGUUCAAGAAGCGGAUAGAUCAGAAGAUGGGUUUUACAUUCGAUCAGGAAUCACCAUUGUAAUGGAGAAGGCAACAAUAGAAGAUGGCACAGUCAUAUAAAUGGUUUUGAGUGCUUAUUUCAUGAGCUGAGUUACUCAAAGGCCUUGGAAGAAGAAGCAUUAUGGGGAACAACACUUCAACCUUUGGGGACAGAAGGGUAGCUGUUCCAAUGCUUUGUUCAACACAGAAAGCAGUUCCCUGUUUGCUAUAAUGUUGUAAAAUAGAGUCUCCCCCACUACUACAUGUAAAAAUAGAAUGAAUAAAAACAUGAAAAUCAAGAUGCUCAAAAGUGAAGCGAAUAAAUUGAAGAGUUGACCGUGA